AUGCCUCUGUUUCAAUCUAAAAUUCAAGCUAUUGAGAAAGAAGGUGUUACUAUUGCAGAAAUUAACUGUAUAUUAAACGCAACUUUAAAUGCACUCAAAUCUCGUAAAGAUGAAAAUUUUAAAUCAUUGACAGUUAUUCGACUACUGAACACUUUGGAAAACAAUGGAACAAGUACCGAUAAUUUUAAAACCGAGAUUCUGGACCUGUAUGUGGAUUUAACAGCUUAUUUGGAAAAAUGGAUUAAAAAUAUCGAAGAAUUCUCUUUCUUCCGAUGGAUGAUUUUACAAAAAGAAAUGAAAAGUUUCUCAAAUUCUGAUUCAGCUUCAUCUAUAGAAUUUCUCUCUAAGCUGAAUAUCAGUGUUGACGACGUGAAACUGUUUGACGAUACGAAGUUCUAA